CGGUGUUUUACUCAACCAACGCAGCAACUACGUGAUGUUAUCAAAGGCCAAAAAGGCUAGAGAGUUAUUACGGAGAUAUAGGAUUAGGCACACAUUGUGUUCAUGCUGCGGUCUACGUUUAAACCUGGUGUGUUCAGUUAGACGUGUGGAUGGAUAUUACUUUACUUAUUCUGUUGUGUGUUCCAAAUAGAGAGCGACCACAACCUGCUCUCGAUAGUUACAAGUAUAAGCCAGUGUCUCACUCGAUAUGUACAUAUUGAACAGCCGAGAAUGACUGUUAUAGAAGAGAUAAAGAGGAUGUGACUUAUAGGAGAAGUCAGUGACUAGUUGUAGACCAAUCGACAUCAACACCGGAAGAAGACAAACAAAAAAACUUUCACCAAUCUUGAACAAUGGAGCUUUGAAAUCUCAACAGCUAGACUUUUUUUUAACCAGAGCUGGGCAUUAUCGGAUUGGGACAAACCAGUUCAUGUGUUAAAAACUAUUAGAUUAAACAAGACUAGGGUGUUUUGGUGUUGUUGUUUUCUCUCUUUCUUCUAAACAUAAUUUCUUGAGCUCACAGAGUUCAUGUCUGCUGGCUUGUUCUCUGAAGUUGAUUACUUAAUUGAAUGAACUCAUGUCUGCGUUGAGUUUGUUGGUUGUAGCGUAAUACUCAAGCCAGUCUAGCAGAGUCAAACUUAUGACGAUUGCAAGAAUUAUCAGCUUAUUCGCUCGCAUCAACAAAGCUAAGAUUUCUAGUGCCCUUGUCGCAAGGAGAGGGACGUUUAUGGAAGCUUUAAGGGCAGCCGUUUGCUUGUUCGCUCCAAUAAGACGAUUCUAAGAGCUUCUCCCAGACAUGAUGCAACUGUCAAAAUUUUUAGCCAAGUUUAAAUCGUCUCCGACCACUCCCGAGGCUGCCUUCCGCCAAACGGUGGAGUCGGCCAUGAGAAAGCAUCACGCAGGGGAAGAUCUCAGUGGAAUAAACAAUAACGAAUCUGAAUCUGAGGAUCUGCAGAUAUCCCGAGAAUCACGCGCCAUUCAGCCUAAAACAUCGUCCAUGUCAACAACGUCACGUUCGAGCAUGCGCAGUGAACAGUUUACAGACGACACCAGCAGCAUUAGCGCCAAGAGCGACGCCAGUGUGGAUAGUCUCAUAUUUGAUCCCAAUUUCGGUGCUAUCCGUCCGGACCUCUAUCCCAGGAAGGAUAUAGUCUUACAGCAGUCAUCUUUAGACGGAGGUCAAGGUCGAUUACAUACGCGGCUGAAAUACGACUUCCGGACUUGUGAUUUUGUGGUGCAUUUGAUUGAAGCUCAAGAUCUACCGCCUGCAGAUCCAGUGACAGGUACUUUCAGUGAUCCUUAUAUCCGGAUAUCUCUCGUACCUUGUGUGGAUGAAAGGGUCAGACAGUCCUCCGUAAAAAGGCGGACACUAAAUCCUUACUUCAAUGAAUAUUUUAAGUUUCCUUUAGAUUUUGAUGACCUGAAGGAAAAAACUCUGGUAUUUCAUUUGUUUGAUUAUGACAAAUUUUCCCGCCACACAUCUCUAGGGGAAGUGGAGAUCAGCAUGGCCAAUGUUGACGUUAGCAACAGUGUGGAAAUGUGGUGUGAUGUUCAGAAGCAGCAUAAAGUAGCAGGUGAAAGUGGUGAAAUUCUUAUAUCUCUGAGUUACCUCCCCACUGCUGAAAGACUGACUGUGGUUAUAAUGAAGGCCAAGGAGCUGAAGCUUUCCACUGCAGCGCCAUCUGCUGAUCCUUUUGUUAGAGUUUCACUGAUGGUGGAUGGGAAAAAAGUGAAGAGGAAGAAGACUUCAGUCCGCAGGGGUUCUGUCAAUCCAGUGUGGAAUGAAGCUCUUGCGUUCAAUGUACCUGCAGAGGUUCUACCCAAGGUCAGUCUUGAGGUCAGCGUCCUUGACCAUGACCUUAUUGGCCAUGGAGAAAUGCUAGGCAGAUGCUUGCUUGGAGGCACAGAUAAGCCUGGAGAGGAACAGGGUCACUGGAAGGACAUGCUGACCAAUCAGAGAAAGUCUGUAGCAAUGUGGCACAUUCUUCGUAAAUAGACUUACAGGCUGAAUAUUUUUUUUAAAAAAAAGAAUCAGUUGCUUUUCUCAGGACAUUUCCCACAAAACAAAAUUUUUUCCAUUUUUAAUACUCUUAUGGCAUUGAUUAUACAGAUAAAUUAUUAAUUUUUGCAUAUUGCACAAUGGAAAAAAAUGUGUAAGACAAACUUCACACAACUCUGUAAAAGAAAAUAUUUGCAAUUUUGGGGGCAGUGAAAUGAAACUAGGAAAUAGAAAAAAAAAGAAACACUGUAAGCCAAUGGAUAAUUGUUUCAUAAUAAAUGCAGACUGUGUUUUGUUUUAUAAAGUUAAAUGAAUAUUUUUUUCUAAAAGAUGAACAUUUUAAAUAUUGAAGUUAAUAUCAAAGCAUGAUACCCAAUUUAAAAUAUUUUAUAAUUUAUACAGUAUUAUAAUGUAAACAAUAACAUUUUAUUUAAAAUAUCAUUACCAAGAGCAUUUGAUUUCAUUCUUAUACAACAUACCUAAUACUUACAGUGACAACAUUUAUAACAGACAACAUCUUCUCUAUGAUCCUGUACAUUCAUUGUUGAAGUGUUUGUUGAAUUUGAUGUUGUUAUUUGUUUGUUUUGGUUACAAUAACUUGUUUGUGUCAUUAAAAUUCACAGUGGUCAUGCCCUAUAAUACAUUAUACAAUUUUCAUUUUUAAGCUGGGGCUCACUACCAUAUUAUACAGUGCAACACGAUUAUGUAUGGGGCGUGGUAGCUGAGCAGUUAAGCACUUGGCUUCCGAACCUGGGGGUCCUGGGUUCGAAACUUGCUGGAGACUGGGAUUGUGAAUUUUGGGAUUUUCAGGGUGCCCCUGAGUCCACCCAGCUCUAAUGACUUUAGUUGUGGAAAGUAAAAGGCGGUUGGUCGUUGUGCUGGCCACAUGACACCUUGCUGGUUAACCGUUGGCCAAAAAAAGACAUUAACAUCAUCUGCCCUAUAGAUUGAAAGGACUGAAAGGGUAACUUUAUUUUUUUUUACCCCAUUGUGUGAAAGGCUCUUGACCAAUUUGUUUGUACUCUCAUCUGUUAUAAGUAACCACACAGAUUGUGAUCCAAGCAUUCAAUUACAAUUCUAUAGAAAAAGUUUUAUAUCUUAAAAGUAAGUUGAAUUUACUUUAGCUCAAUGAGAGCAAUGCUUUCUUCCAUUAAAUAGAUCUAUAGUAAUUUCAUGACUUAUUUCUGUUUGAUAGCUAGUUCUUAGGCUUAAGGUGUGAAGUGGCUGAGGUAUAAAGUGCUUGGCUGCUGUAUCUAAGGGACUAGAGUUUAAAUUCUGGUGAAGACUGAGAUUUUGAACUUUUUGGAUUUUAAGGGCCUCUCCAAGUUUCCCCACCUCUAAAAGGUACAUAGCCUAUAUUGGGGAAAUAAAGGCAGUUUGCCAUUGAGCUGGCCACAUGACACCUGUGUCAACCAUUGGCCAUGAAACAGAUGAGUUUUACCUCAUCAGCCUUCAUAGCUUGUACUGCAUAUAGGGUGUACCCUACCUAUUAUACUUAUUUAUUGUUAUUUCAGCAACAAUCAAUUUUUUGUUUGGGUGUGGGGGAAUAUGUAUAAAUAAAAAAAAUAUUCUAAAAUUAAUUAUCACUUUUUAAGUUAUUAUUUUUUUUAAUAUUAGUUAUGAUUAUAAUAUUUUCCAAGCCUAUAAAGAACUUUUUAUGAUUUAAUGUAAAUAAUAUGGAUGUCAUAUGAUUUGUAUCUUAACUACAACACAGACAAAUGUUUGUUAUCUUUGUUCUAUACAUUUGACUAAAACACCACUUUGAAGACUCCAUAUGAAUUGUUUUGUAAUUAGCUCAAAUUUUUAUUCUAAAAAAUGUAUUAUCAUCAAUAUUACUUUUCAAUAAUUAAUUUCUGUAAACAUUUGCCAUUGAUAAAACAAAAUAACUAUCGUAGAACAUUUGUGGACCAGGUGAUAAGGCAAGGGAAGCAAUCAUUGAAGUUAAAAAGAUCACAGAAAUCUUUGAGCUACUUCCUCUUCUUCAAUAAUACUUUGUGAUCUCCCCUUAGCACUAUUUCUGCUUCAUCGUAAAGGUUAACCGUGCAAUGGUAGAUUUAGAUGAUACAAGAAGAAGAGAAUUGGGGUUUACAAAUUGAAACUAAUCUCUCUUGUAUCCUCUCAUGGUUUGUAGAUUGAAAGGCUGUAGGCUGGAGAUAUAAAAGUUGGCAGACCAGGUAACAAGGAUGUGUAAAAUUGCAUGACCAGAUAUAUCUGCUUCAUCAUAAAGGUUAACCGUGCAAUGGUAGAUUUAGAUGAUACAAGAAGAAGAGAAUUGGGGUUUACAAAUUGAAACUAAUCUCUCUUGUAUCCUCUCAUGGUUUGUAGAUUGAAAGGCUGUAGGCUGGAGAUAUAAAAGUUGGCAGACCAGGUAACAAGGAUGUGUAAAAUUGCAUGACCAGAUAAGGCCUGUUGGCUCACAGAGCCUCGUAAUUUCAGUAAAGAGAUAUUGUCUUAAACCCAAAGUGCUUAGUGUUUCACUAUUAGUUAAAAGUGCUUAGUGUUUCCCUAUUGGACCAAAGUACUUAGUGUUUCACUAUUCGCCAAAAGUGCUUAGUGUUUCACUAUUAGCAUGUUUUUUAAAUUUUCUUUUAGAAUGGUGGGAGUGGUCUUUGACUGAAAUUACUGAGGCCUCCCUACAGAGAGGGUACAGUCACAUGAUGUACUUAGCUCAUAGCAUUCUGGUCUGAAGCGAAACCAAGGAUAAUUCUCCAACUGCAUCCUUCAUUUGCAUAAUUGUAUGCACUCUUCCAGACGUAACUUUUACAGUUCUAAACCAUAUUUGUAUUUUAUAAACUAUACUCAACUCAGUGCUGCUCUUCUGGAGGAAAUAUCUAGCUGAAAGUUAUGAAACCCUUGGGGGCUCUUUUAGUUCAUAAUUAUAAGGCUCAUUUGCACAGGGCCCCCAUUUCAAAUUCUUCUGAUAGAGUGGCACUUAAAAAUACUAUAGUGUGGUCAUUGAGUGAUGUCGCCAUCUGUCAUGCUUGUGGACUCUUCUAUUUCAUCUUUCAUGGUCAUCUUUGUUUUUAAGAGUAAGCAUUUGGUUAUUAAUUACAUGUCUUUACGUAAUGGCCAACGCAUAUCUGAAUAUACCGUGGGAGGUCAGAUAGCAAAUGUUAAAAGUAUUGCCACCAAAGUAUGUCACAUAACCAAUGUGACAGGUAUUUAAAAGACAAGGCCAUGACUUGAAUAUGAAUUUAUUUUUUAAAACUACAUUUGUAGUUUUGUAUAUCAGUGGCAGUAUUUCAUAAUCACAUGUUUGUGUGCAAUAAGUUAAAGUUGUAUUUGAAAGUGUUGUCAUGUUGUCUCCCUUUUCUUUCAUUAUAACCAUGGACUGUGUGCUUUUUAACUCUGUGAUAACCAAUUUGUUCAUUGUACAAUGAGUCUGCAUUGCAAAGUCAGUUUCUGUCUCAUUUUGAAGUCAUUCCAUGAGACAAACCCUGUACAGUCAAUACGUUUCCCUUAUUGGUGAUAUUCGUCAGUUAUUGUUGUGUUGUAUUUUACUUUGCCAACAAGUGUUUGAAAUUGAUGUAAAUUGUUGUAUAUAAAUUUAUAUAUAUAUUGAAUGAAAUUAAAUAUUAUUUUGUUACAAAUUAUUUGAAAUGCAAGCGAGCUGCAGUGUUAUGUUUCGAUUUUUUGUAUUUACUUUUUUUUUAAAUAUCAUGAAAUUUUAUUUUGAGAAAAUUGUCUUUAGAAAAAUAUUUAUAUUAGUGUUUAUAUUUUUUAUUCUAUUACAUAUACUAAAAUUUACUUAUAGUAUCCAGGGCUAUGGUAUAAUGUUUGAAUUUAUUAUGGUAGGCUAAAUUAGCUCUAAAAUAGUAUGCAUGUAAUUAAAAAUAGCUCUCUUUUUUUUUAGAGAAGAACAUUUGUAAAGAAGAAAAAGAUACACACUUGGAUAAAGAGCCGGAUUUAGAUUUGAUAAGGCCCUGAGCUAUAUGAUAUGUGGGGCCCCUUGUAAUCAACAUAACAUUAUUCUUUCUUCAAAAUAAUUGAAAAUAUCUCUGGAGCUAUUUUCGAGGGAGGGGGCCUAAGCUAAAGCGUAUGUGGCCUAUAUGUAAAUUCAGCACUGUUUGGAAAUGUAGAGAUGUUAUUUGUUAUUACAUUAUUUAACUAGAGAACAUUACAUUGUAGGCCCUAUCUCUAGUAUUCAUUUAAUUUUAUUAAUAUGUUUUUUUUGUUUCUUGUUAGAUUUAAUUAUAGAGCUACUAUGUAAAUAGAAAACAGUAUUUUAUUUCUGAAGCAAGUCAUAUAUUUGUCUACAAGUUCUUAUCGACAUUCAUAUAUUUCUACAUUUCUAUUUGUCCAUAUAGAUAUCUCGUGUCACGUGGUCGUUAUGUCACGUGGUCGUUAUGUCACGUGUCCUUUGCUGAAAAUAAAGUGCUCUUUAUAAACCAAA